GGGGCUGUUGUGUGAAUUGCCGGCCCCUUGCCUGCCACGAAAUGUUACGCGAAGCUUUUAGAAUUGGCAGCAGACGAUGCUUCAGUUAUAAGUCUGUGCGUCGUCCCAAUUUGGGUGCAACAAGUGCUCCCAAGGCGCAACAGGAGAAGACACCUGAGGCUGUGCCCGCAGCCAAUGGCAGCCUGGCCAAGCAGCUGCGGGCAAAGAUUCUGGCCACAGGACCCAUCACAGUGGCGGAAUACAUGAGGGAGGUGCUGACCAAUCCACAGGCGGGCUACUACAUGAAUCGCGAUGUGUUUGGCCGUGAGGGUGACUUCAUAACAUCGCCGGAAAUAUCGCAAAUAUUUGGAGAGCUGGUUGGCAUUUGGCUGGUUACCGAAUGGCGCAAGAUGGGCAGCCCCUCGCCCUUUCACCUGGUGGAACUUGGACCCGGUCGCGGCACCCUGGCGCGUGAUGUGCUCAAAAUUCUCACCAAAUUCAAGCUCGGCGCGGAGUUCUCCAUGCACAUGGUGGAGAUCAGUCCGUACCUGAGCAAAGCGCAGGCACAGCGCUUUUGCUACACGCACAACACGUUGCCGGAGGACGCGCAAUUGCCGCACUAUCAAGUGGGCACAACGGCCACAGGCACCAAGGCCUAUUGGCAUCGGAGGUUGGAGGAUGUCCCCGAGGGUUUCUCCCUGGUGCUGGCCCACGAAUACUUUGAUGCGCUGCCUGUGCACAAGCUGCAGCUGGACAAUGGACAGUGGCAGGAGGUGCUCAUCGAUGUGGCGCCCGAAUCAGAGCCCGAUUUUCGUUAUGUGCUGUCCAAAUCGCAGACGCCAGUGUCGCGCGUGUUUCAGCCCAUGGAAGGCGAGACACGCGCCACCCUGGAGUACUCCCUGGAGACGGAACGACAAGUGGGCCUGCUGGCGGAGCGCAUCGAACGGAAUGGCGGCAUUGGUCUGAUCAUGGACUAUGGACACUUUGGCGAUAAAACCGACACAUUUCGUGCGUUCAAGCAGCAUGCGUUGCACGAGCCACUGCUGCAGCCGGGCACCGCUGAUCUCACUGCCGAUGUGGACUUUAAGCUGAUAAAACACACAGCUGAGGCGAGAGGACAUCUACACUGUUGUGGUCCCAUCGAGCAGGGACUCUUUCUCAGCCGCAUGCAGGGUGAAGCCAGAUUGGAGCAGCUGCUGGCCAAUGCGCUGCCAGAGAACGAGACAUUGAUACGCUCUGGCUAUGAGAUGCUAACGGCAGACGAAAAAAUGGGCAAACGUUUCAAAUUUUUGGCCAUGUUUCCCGGUGUGCUGGCGUCGCACUUGGAAAAGUUUCCCGUUGCAGGGUUUUAGCUGGU